AUGGCCUUUUCGCCCAAGUUCCCCUUCAACCGCGCUAGCGGCAUGGAACCGCCCGCCGAGUUUGCUACCCUCCGCGCGACCAACCCCGUCUCGCAGGUGCAGCUUUACGACGGCUCCCUCGCCUGGCUCGUCACCAAAUACGAGGAUGUGAUCAAGGUUGCGACCGACGAGCGCCUGUCCAAAGUCCGCACUCGUCCCGGUUUCCCCGAGCUGAGCGCCGGCGGCAAGGCUGCCGCGCAGGCUCAGCCCACGUUUGUCGACAUGGACGCGCCCGAUCACAUGAGGCAGCGUGGCCUCGUCGAAUCCUUCUUCACCCCCGAGUACGUCGAGUCGCUCAAGCCCUACAUCCAGCGCGUCAUUGACGAGACGCUCGACAAGAUGGCGGCCAAGGACAAACCCGUUGACUUCGUGUCCGAGUUUGCACUCAUCGUGCCCUCCUACGUCAUCUACACAAUCCUGGGCGUGCCGUUCAAGGACCUCGAGUUCCUCACUCAUCAGAAUGCCAUUCGCACGAACGGCUCGUCAACCGCCCGAGAGGCGAGUGCUGCCGCCGCUGGCCUCAUCGACUACCUCGGCAAGCUCGUCGAUGCCCGCAUGAAGGAGCCCAAGGACGACCUUGUCAGCACCCUUUGCAAGGCCGUUGAAGCCGGUAAGCUCGACCGCACGAGCGCCGUGCAGGUCGCAUUCCUCCUUCUCGUUGCCGGCAAUGCGACCAUGGUCAACAUGAUUGCGCUCGGUGUUGCGACGCUGGCCAAGUACCCCUCCCAGCUCGAGCUGCUCAAGGCAGAUCCCUCGCUGGCCGCCAACAUGGUGCAGGAGCUCUGCCGCUACCACACCGCAAGCGCCAUGGCCCUGAAGCGUGUUGCGCUUGAGGACGUGGUCAUUGGUGGUAAGACGAUCAAGGCCGGCGAGGGCAUCAUCGCGAGCAACUACAGCGGAAACCGCGACGCGGACGCGUUCCCGGACCCCGACACUUUCGACAUUCGCCGCAAGUUUGACAAGGACCCUCUUGCGUUUGGGUGGGGGCCCCACCGCUGCAUUGCGGAGCACCUCGCUAAGGCUGAGCUCACCGCUGUGUUUGAGACGCUGUAUAAGCGUCUUCCAAACCUCAAGCCGGCCGUGCCCAUCGAGGAUAUCGAGUACAGUCCCCUCGACAAGGAUGUCGGUAUCGUCUCGCUCCCCGUCACGUGGUAG